AUUCAGUGUACACUGGAACUUGGUAUCGUACAAGCCACACAAAAAGUGUUUGUAUCUUGAGCUUGUAACAGCAGUCGAAUUUUACUCGUUAAACAUUUGAGUGUGGUAUUAAAAUACAAGUGACUUUAAAUAAACUGUGUCAAUACUAGUUACGCUACUUCAUAUAUGAUAAAUAAUAUAUGAUAAUAAUAAACUCGUAUAAGGAUUGUUUUAUUUUUCCUUAUUAAUUUGAGGAGUUAUAUAAAAUUUAUAAUUAUAAACAGUUUUAGAAAAAUAAAUAAAUAGGUCUACACGGCGCUAAUGGUCUCAACUAUAAAAUAUUUAACUAAAACGAUUCAAGCUACGAAAUGGAGUGGGUUCUUAGAAGUCCACAGAUACAUAAUACCUUUAGCAAUCUUGGCUAUGCAACUACAGAUGGAUAUCACGUAAAUGAAAAUUGUAAUGCUGCUCUAGAAACAAUACUUGAAAAUAUAUUAUCAGAAGACAAACAUUUACGCACAUUUAGGAGAAGUAUCAGUUUUGGUCAGAACAUUACUAAAGACCUCAUACCUCUUUUAGUAAAUACCAAGGAUGAUAAGACGAUAGAAUUAUUAAUUAAGAUAUUGGUAAAUUUGACAAUACCCGUGGAAUGUCUCCUUUCGGUAGAUACUGUUAACAAAACAGAUAUAGGCAGACAUGCUAUAUUUGAAAUUAACAACUUGCUCUGUUCAACUAAGGCCGCGAUCACAGACCAACGAGUUUGUAAAGUGAUCAUUGAUUUUUUAAAAAAGAACGCGGACAUUGAACCAAAGUUGAACUUAAAUACGGAACAAUGCUCGAAUAUCAGUAACACACUUUUAUUCUUACGUAAUAUUUUACACAUACCAGAGGAUACUAAUCACCUCAACCCAACGUUCUCUAAUCCAUCCCACACGAUUCAAAAUCAGCUAUUAUGGAACUUAUUCAGUCAAAGUAUCGACAAAGUUCUAAUAAAAUUGAUGACGAUACCAGAUGCGAUCAAUUGGGGUGUGACUAUGGUCCAACUAAUAGCCUUAAUUUUCAAAGAUCAACAUGUAACGAAAUUGCAUAAGCUGCUCAAUGUGUGGCUCGAAACAUCCCUUUCUGAGAGUUCUGAAGAUAAUGAGAGUAAUACAUCUCCACCGAACAGAGGUAGCGAUCAUUCAUCGCCGAUGGUAACAUCAGAUACUACGUCAGACUCAUCCGACACCGGGGCGAGUGGCAAAAGCAAUGGAGGACAUAACUCCGUCAACAACGGAUGGGAUAAUAAUUCUUCAGGAAACGACAUUGAUACUGGGAAGCAAUCAUUUCAAUCGCAGAAUGAAAAUGAUAAAACUUCAGGCGACAAUAGCGAAAGUAACGAGAGUAAAAUAUACAAUCGCUCGGAACCCGUGAGCCCGAAGAAUGUACAUAAUUCCAUGAAUAACGAAAAUGGAGGAAACAAAAAAAUCGGAAAUAAAAAUGAAAUCAAAACAGUUAUAUCUGAAAAUUCGGAUUGCGGCUACGGCACGCAAAUAGAAAAUCAAGGAGCAAUAUCGACUUCGAGCAAUGAAGACGAAUUGCCGGCAAAAAAAGCUGGUCAUCAGAAAUCGCAUCCAUUAAAACAGAGAAUUAACAACAAAGUCCGCGCCAACGUUUCUCUCCAAGAGCGCAAAAGGAAAAAGAUCGUCAAAAGAUGCAAAGCCAAUAUUAUAAAUGUUCAGGGCUUAUCACACAAUACACCGACCGAUGAAGACAUUUCCAACGUAUUGAAAGAAUUCACAGUCGACUUCCUCUUGAAGGGCUACAACUCCUUGGUCCGAACUCUGCACACGCAGAUCCUGACGAACAUGCAACUGGAGAUCGACACGUCGCAUUUCUUUUGGCUCGUCACCUACUUUCUUAAAUUUGCAACUCAGAUUGAAUUGGAUUUGGAGCACGUUUGCUCGGUGCUGUCCUUCGACAUCGUCUCGUACCUCACAGCCGAAGGAGUCAACUUGUGCGAACAGUUCGAAUUGGCCAUUAAACUCGAUGGCAAUGACUUAAAACCGAAAAUAAGAAGAUUACAUUUGGUCGUCACUGCUAUCCGAGAAUUUAUUCAAGCUAUUGACGUUUACAAAAAAUCUGCUCACAUCUGUAACGACGAUAAGGAUGCUCUGAUCAAGCUACAAAUAAAAAUGUGCGAAACCGAAGAACUGCGUUUGCUAUUAGUUCUUCUUCUGAGACACUACAAUCCGAAAUAUCAUUCAAAACAAUAUUUACAAGAUCUCAUUGUUACCAAUCACAUUCUUCUUAUAUUCUUGGACAAUGUAUUGAAAAUGCCAGACUAUAAAGGCGACGGCAAAAUGGUCGACCAUAUCAGACAAUUUUCAUCGCCGGAAAUUAUGUAUCAGUAUGGAAUUCUGUUGGAGGAUUACGAGGGAAAUGGAGAGUUUGUAAAUGAUUGUAUCUUCACUCUCAUGCACCACGUCGGAGGGGAGCUCGGAUGUUUAAUUUCCCUCUUUCAGCCGAAAAUAUUAAAGACAUUCACAUCUAUAUGGAAAUCCGAAUUUGAAAUAUGUGACGAUUGGUCAGAUUUAAUUGAGUACGUAAUCAACACGUUUAUAAAGAAGCCGUAUAAAAUGCAAAACACCGUUAGCCUCAUAGAGAAGGAAAUUUUCGAGGACGAUAAGCAUUUGAAAGAGAUUCUGUUGUCUGCUGAGGAACUAAAUCCACCACUAGAAGAGAAGAAAUCGUUUCAGUUUUCGACCGAGGGCGACUCUAAUAGAUGGACCGAAGAAGAAUUAUCUUCGUUGAGUUGGAAUUACAUGCAAUGCAGUAAUUCAGCAGACGUGAUCGGUGAUAUUAUUAAACUGUUCAAAGAAGAUGGCAUCGUUAAGAAUAGAAAUGCAGUUGUAAGGGAACUUUACAAUCAAUUUAUCAUCAACAAAGAUGAGUUUGAAAUCCUUUUGAAAAAGGAAAACGACAAGCCCUCCCACAGCAAAGCAGCGCACGAGACGGUGAAAGAAAAUAGAGAAGAUGAAAUAUGGAAAUUGUGUGAACAGCUCCGACAGGAUGGAAUGCCUAAAUUUUUGGAUUGGGUUCAAAUCGUUCUCUUGGAAACAUGUUUUGCGAAAAUAUAUUUAGAAAAGUCAGCGAAAAACAUGUUCGGUUCGAACGCCACGAAAACGUUUGAUUCAAACGGAAAGGAAUACGAGACAUUACUGAAACAGCCCUCGGACUUGCCCGUCCUAUCUCCAGUAUCGUAUCAUUCUUUGCUCCUGAACAAAUCCAUACCCUUGGUGCCGUGGAAUUGCCAACAAGCCUCAAUUUGUAAAGACUUGAAAUUCUUGCAACUUUUACAUAAGCUUGGUUUCCAUAUGCCAGUAGACACUGGCAAAGUUUUCAUUAGCAUACCGAACUUCUGGACGCCUGACUUUCUGUACGAAGUGGCUGGCAAGAUAUCGCCUAUUGAUGUUUCAAAGUUGAAGUUCUCCCUGAGCGAUAUAUCCGAGAGCAGUAUCAUUCAUUCAGCCGAGACGAAAAACUGCGUCUUACCAGAGAUGUCGAAGGGAUCAAUGUUAACACCACCUCCCGAAAAUUUCUUUCAAAUACACAGCAAAAAGCAGAAACUAUCGACUAUUAUGAAUUUUACGCCCAUGCCUGGAUCAUCUUUCUCCACGACGGAAGAUGAAGUUAUUAUUAACAAACCAAGCUGGUUAGACGUAGUACAAAAAUCUCAAAAAUACAAACUCACUCUAGAUUUGGCAAAUGUUCGCAGAUCAAUUAUACCGGUCGAAGACGAUACAAUGAAGGACUUAUCUCCUCAAGAAAUAACGCACGUCCCGCUUGAGGUGUCCCAGCUCGGGACCCUCGAGAGCUCCUCGGUCAUACUUCCGACCAUCAUGAGUGUGAAGCAAGAAACCAGCGCUUUCAGUACUCGACUGACGGACUCUGAUUAUUACAAUAAUAGCGUGUGCGAGACGGCGUCCGUGGCGUCGGACCUGACGCGCAUGUACGUGUCGGACGAGGACGACAAGCCCGAGCCGCUGCGCAGCUCCCUCAAGCCGCCCGACGAGCGCUGCCCCGACGAGCACGAGCUGGCCGGCAAGCGCCCGCGCGUGCAGUACCUGCCGCCCUACUAGUGCGUGCGAGACUCCGUGCACUUUCGAAAUAUUUGGGAUUUUUUUAAGUUUAUGAUUUAAAUUUUUACCUAUAUUUUAUUUUGAGUUGUACGGUCGCUCAGUCUCCGUGUUGUACAUUUUCUAAAAUACACAUAUAAGUGUCGAGCUUUUAGAACCUAGUUCUCGAAGAAGUUUUGCGGAAGAUAGUAGCGCGACACUUUCGACGUGUAGCGCCGCAUCCGGUCGACAGGUACGCUAAGUUACGUGUGUCAGAACUCAAAAUCUAAUCGUCUUCACAAUGAAAUAGGCUUAAUACGUAUUUUUGUCACGUAAACGGUCAAAGAAUGUAUCGGCUGUAUGGAAAAGUAAAGUUUUAUUUAUGGGAUAUUGCAGCAACAUCGUAGAAGUAGUUAUUUAUUAAUGUUGUAGGUAUUGAUUGAAUGUCGUGACUAAUAGCUACUAAGUAAAUGUAUUCAUGUGCAUAUGCCGUAUUCUGUUAAAUAUUUACAACGUUAAACUUAUUAAAUGCAUUGUAGUUAUAUAGGCAUUCUUUAGAGUUCAACCUCAACUUUUCCAAACACUAGCAUUGCUUAAAAUGUACAGAACAAAUACAGUCAGUAUAAGAUGUAAUUUAGCGAUAAGAAUAAUAUAUUUUAUUAGAAAAAAAUAAUACGUGGUGUUUUUUUAUGUCUUUGCCUAAUCUUAGUGUUAUAUUCGGAGUUAACUUUGUAAGAGUUGAAUUAUAUCAUAACUUUUUUUUUACAUUGUACCGACAUUCGAAAGCAAACUUUAAUUUUGUUAUGUAAUUGUA